CCAGGGCAGAUCCAGAAGAUGACAACUGCUGGAGAGAUUCAAACCUUGUUUUACAGCUAUUCUUCCUGGUAAACAUGUGUUGAACAAAUGACUAUCCUGCCAGCUCACAUCUGCCCAGAAGAACAAUGAGACCCUGGAUGGACAGCUGAUCCCACUCAGUAACUACAGGGGUAAGGUGCUUCUCAUCGUCAAUGUUGCCACCUUCUGAGGGUCAACAAAAGGAGAGUACCACCGACUGAAUGCACUGAUGGAAAUGUUUGGCAACUUUAACUUUACUGUUCUGGCAUUCUCCUGCAACCAGUUUGGUCUUCAGUCACCAGAAGUGAAUCAUGAAACCCUCAGUAUUCUGAAGCAUGUGAGACCUGGUGGGGGCUUUGUGCCAAAGUUUCCAGUCUUUGGGAAGGUUAAGGUGAACGGACUAAACGAAGAUCCUCUUUUUACUUAUCUAAAGGAAUCUUUGCCAUCUGUCAACCCUGUUAUUGGAGAUAUUAACAAAUUCUACUGGUCCCCAGUCAAAGUCAGUGACAUUCGGUGGAAUUUUGAGAAGUUUCUUAUUACUGCAAAUGGCAUACCUUUCAAAAGGUAUGAACUUCACAGCCCCAUAGAGAAAGUAGAGAAGGACAUAGUGGAACUUCUUUGAUGGCCUUAUCUCAGUUUAACACCAGUGGCAGAAUGAUGAUCCCCCAGUAAAUGCGACACAUGCACCUGAGCUGGAUCUGAUGGGAAUAGGAACAAGUCUCUGAGCUUCAGAGCAUUCGCUCAAAAACAAGUUCCUUUCAGCCACUGAAGUAGCUUUCAUGCAACUGUCACACCUUUCUCCAAUUUGAUGGUGUCUACUCAAAAAUAAAUAGGAAUGAAACACAAUAAAACAAAUAUUUAAGUAGUUGUUGCUUUUAUUGUCAAUCCUGAAAUUGCUAUAUUUUAACUGGUUAUAUUGGUUACCUAUCAGUCACUACUAAGUGAAAAAUUGCAAGUAAACAUCAUUCAUUCAAAAUACAACUUAAGUAAAAGUACAAACAUGUACACCAGGUAUCCUAUAAAAGUAAGAGUAUAUUUGUUUUCCUUCUGUGACUGAUACAUUAUCUUAUAUGAUAGCACUGUUGUUUAUACUAGUGCAUCAGUGUAGGAAUAGCCUUUUACUGUUGUUGCUUGUUGAAGCAGAGCUAGUUUUAAAUAAACAGAUAUAGUGU